AUGAAAUUAUUUUUUGGAACAUUUGUAGUUUUUAUUCUCUUGUUUUCAACUGCAUCAGCUUUUUUGUUGUCUUCAUGCAAAAAAUGGUCUGAAACAUGUCGAACAAGUACUAGUUGUUGUCCAAUGAAGGGUCAUCGUAUGGUAUGUUCUCCACAUCGAAAAAUAUGUGGCAAGAAAACAUGUUGCAUUACUGAAGUCGAAGCACAACAGGAUAAGCAAGCAUCUAUUAUUCGAAAUCGUCGUCCUAAAUCAAAAUAA